AGCGUUCGGCUAAAUUCGGUUGGUCGAUAAUCGUGUUCGGUGAGAGUCGAGGUGUUGCAAGUAGUGAAUAGGUCACUGCACGGAAGUCGGUUCGGUUCGUUCAGUGGAGAUUGUUCGUUCGACAAGCGAUUCGUUCACUACUCUCUCAUCAAUUGAACAUUCCAAAGGCCGGGUCUUCUCACCGCCUCUUCUUACUAUACUCUGAUACUCCCUAAAGCAGCCACACUUCAAACGUCAUCAUGUACGCUUGCACCAAAUUCAUCGCACCCAUCGUCACCAGGUCGGCCUUGUUCGCUGGAAGUAAGAACUACAUUCGGCCGCUGAGCAGUGCCGUAGUGAAUCACAGCCAGUCUAUACAACAGAACCAGAUCCAGACUCCAAUCAGUGCUUCUCCACUGGUGCAGUCCUCGAUUGUGCGUAGUUUCCAGACAUCCGCAAUCAGCCGUGAUAUCGAUUCUGCUGCGAAAUUCAUUGGUGCUGGUGCCGCCACCGUGGGAGUCGCUGGAUCAGGUGCAGGAAUUGGUUCAGUGUUUGGUUCUUUAAUCGUUGGCUAUGCCAGGAAUCCCUCUCUCAAACAGCAGUUGUUCUCAUACGCCAUCCUGGGCUUUGCCCUGUCCGAGGCCAUGGGUCUCUUCUGUCUUAUGAUGGCUUUCUUGCUCUUGUUCGCGUUCUAAGUCACCAAAAUCGCAUAAAAACACAAUACUACUAGUUUUAGUGCGUCACUGCCAAAGCAGCAUCCUUUGAUUCCUGCAAGGGAAGCAGCGGUAGUUGCAUUUGGUGUACGGGAUGCCAUGAAAUCAUUAGAGAUGCUCGAUUAUCCGGUUCGACGGGGUAUGCGACGGUACGACAAUGAACUGAAAAAAAAUGGCGGCUGUAUACGUAUAUUUGGAUCAUCGAUCGGACCGUCCUCCACCCCUUCGGGGCCUUUCGAACUGAUUUGUAAUCAUUUCAUGGUCUACUGUAAUAUCAUUGUAGCGUAAAAACUUCACAUUACUACAAUAACAUAUUUCAGUGUAAUGAGAAACGACUAAGAACGUUACAUAAAAGUUUAUUAAAGGAUGAAAAACAGAAAAAUACGACAGCUCUGCCUGCAAGAUUAUAAUACGCAUAUAUCCAUCACUUUUAAUGUUAUCAAAUAUUAAGGCAUAGUACAUUUUUGUUACCCUGAAAAUUGUUCAUCAUUGUUGUGCCAUCGCGUGCGCACGUUAUUAAAGGUAACUGGACGAAGAAAACUGUACAGUGAUAUUGAAUAAACACUUGUCGUGACAUUAUUAUUGAA